ACCAUCCUCUUCCCCCUCUCGUCUCUCUCUCUCUCUCUCUCUCUCAAAGCCUCCCAACAGAAAAGCCAUCGCACCAUCAUAUAAAUAAACAAAGAGGCCCACCUCCGUAACAAACACCCCCUUCUCUCCUUUUCCUUCAGAUCUAAAAUAACUUACCAAAAACCCUAGGAAAAGGCCAAGGGGAAUAGCAGAAAAUUCCCACCCUCCGUUCAGAUCUCUCCCUCAUCAAAACCAGGAAUGGCCCAGCAGCAAGCCGCCGCCGGAUCUUGUCCAUCUGCUCAAGUGGUCGGGAAUGCAUUUGUCCACCAGUACUACCAUAUCUUGCAUCAGUCUCCGGAGCUUGUGUAUCGGUUCUAUCAGGAGAGCAGCAAGCUGGGACGUCCUGAGGCUGAGGGCGCGAUGAGUUCGAUCACGACUAUGCAAGCUAUCAAUGAGAAGAUACUCUCUCUUGACUAUGGUGAAUGUAGGGCAGAGAUAAAGACAGUGGAUGCACAAGAUUCAUUCAAUGGUGGUGUUCUUGUCCUUGUGACUGGAUAUUUGACUGGGAAGGACGAUGUGAAGAGGAAUUUUACGCAGUCUUUCUUCCUUGCCCCUCAAGACAAAGGCUACUUUGUUUUAAAUGAUAUAUUUAGAUACAUGGAAGAUGUUGCGCAUCCUGAGGAAAGUCAAGGGUUAGCUAAUGGCAUGAUACCCCCUCUAACACCUGACCAUGGGGACUUGUGUUUAUAUACAGAGCCUAUUCAAGCUCAGGAGGAAAGGGUUCCCGAACGAACUGCUUCAUUGUCAGAGGAAGAACUUAAUGUUGAGGAAGUUUAUAAUCCUUCCGAUAACGAGGAUGGUUCAGUUGUUGAAGAAGAAGCACCAGUUGCUGAGGUGGUUGAUGAAAUUCCGACUGAGACCGAGGUGGAUGCUCAGGUAGUGGCUGAUCCUAGUUCCGUUGUCCAAGAAGAAGUGCCUAAGAAGUCAUAUGCUUCAAUUGUGAAGGUUAAGAAAGAGAGUCCGGCGCCUUUAUCAGUUCCUGUGCCUGCCCCUGUGAGGUCUAUCCCUGCAAAUCCAGAAUGGAGUGUUGCUCCCCUUCCGGCACCAGCUCCAGCGCCUGAAACACCCUUAGCCAAUUCAAAUUCCAAUGAAAAUGGCAGCGUCCAAGAAGAAGCUGAUGGUUACUCAAUUUACAUAAAAAAUCUGCCCUUGAAUGCCACAUCUGCCCAACUUGAGGAAGAGUUCAAGAGGUUUGGACCCAUUAAAAAUGGGGGAGUACAAGUUCGAAGCAAUAAGCAACAAGGGUUUUGCUUUGGUUUUGUGGAAUUUGAGGUUGCUGGUGCUGUCCAAAGUGCAAUUGAGGUAUGCCUGCAUAUGCUUGCUGUAACAGUAAACUUUUUCUUAGAGUCCCUUAUUGUGAUCUCAGUUGAUUGACAUGAUUGGUUGCUU